AUGCUGCUCAGACAGCCGCUCGGCGCACUCCGCCUCGCGCGGCACGCAGCAGCCCCAUUAACUGCCCCGCUCGCGCUGGCACGCGCCUCGCCCGCCCCCAUCACACGCGUCGUCACGAGCAGCACCGGGCUCGGCCUCGGCGCAGCACGUUUCUUGUCCUCGUCGUUCGGGGGUGCCUCAUCGCGCCAGCGCCCUCGUGCCGGCCCUCGUCCUCAGCCACACCCCACCUCGCCCAUCCUCCAGCAGGCCCGCGCCAAGUGGUCGUUCGCAAAGUAUGGCUUCCUCGAGUCCAAGUUUGCCGACCGCCACCCUUACAUCGCAAUGAUCAUCCGCCUCGUCGGCUCGGUCAUCUUUGGCGGCCUCCUCAUCGUCGGCUGUAUUUUGCUCCACGACAUGUUCACCUACUCUGACCGCCAUGUCGACCGCGUGCCCUCCAACCCGCUCUCGCUGCACCCCCGCCGCGGCGGGCCAAAGAACCUGCCCAUCAUCGAGGUCAACCUCGACGACGAGGAGGACGAGACCAAGAUCGCGAUCGGCAAGAAGCCCCGCCUCGUCGUCAUCGGCGGCGGCUUUGGCGCCGUCGCCCUCAUCCAGUCGCUGCCCCAUGACGCGUACAACGUGACGGUCGUGUGCCCUACCACCUACUUCAACUUUACCCCGCUGCUUCCCUCUGCCUGCGUCGGCACUGUCGAGGUCCGCUCGCUUGUCGAGCCGCUUCGUAAGAUUAUCGCCCGCGUGCACGGCCACUAUGUCUGUGGUGAGGCUGUCGACGUCGCACUCGGCGAGCGCCUCCUCGAGGUCGAGCUCCCCGGCGACGGUGGACCGACCCGCGCCUACCUCCCGUAUGACAAGCUUGUUGUUGCUGUUGGGUCCAGGUCGAACGACCACGGUGUCAAGGGCCUCGAGAACUGCUACCAGCUCAAGACGAUCCCCGAUGCCCAGGCUGUGCGCCGCAGGAUUAUGGACAACCUCGAGACGGCGUCACUGCCUACCACUACCCCCGAGGAGCGCAAGCGUCUGCUCUCGUUCAUCGUGUGCGGUGGUGGACCCACUGGUGUUGAAUUCGCUGCCGAGCUCGCCGACAUGCUCAACGAGGAUGUUGCGCAAUACUUCCCCCGUAUCCUCAAGGACGACAUCAAGGUUUCCAUCAUCCAGAGCCGUGACCACAUUUUGAACACUUACUCGGAGAAGAUUUCAGAAUUUGCCGAGAAGCACUUCUCGCGCACCAAUGUCGAGGUUAUCGCGAACGCUCGUGUCCAGGAGGUGACCCCAGACCGGGUUAUCCUCACACAGAAGGAUGCCGACGGCACCAAUGUGCUUAAGGAGAUCGAGGCCGGCUUCGUGCUCUGGAGCACGGGAAUUGCUAUGCAGCCCUUCACCAAGCGCAUGGUCGAGCAGCUGCCCAACCAGUUCCACUCCAAGGCUGUCCAGGUUGACGCGUACCUCCGUGUCGAGGGCGCGCCAAAGGGAACCGUCUACUGCAUUGGCGACGCCUCUACUAUCCACCUCGACAUGCUCAACGACCUCCUCAAGCUCUGGGAGAAGUUUGACAUCAACAAGGACAACAAGCUCGACGUCAACGAGUGGCACGCCAUGGCCAAGUACAUCAAGAAGAAGUACCCCCUCACCUCGGUCAACCUGCAAAAGGUCCACGACAUCUUUGUCGAGUAUGACAAGGACCACGAUGACGCCCUCACACUCAACGAGGUCGCCGAAAUGUUCCAGGCGCUCGGACGCAAAGUCACGACUCUCCCCGCCACUGCCCAGGUUGCAAGCCAGCAGGGCAAGUACAUUGGCAAGAUGCUGUCCAAGCUCGCCAAGGCGGCGCCUACGCUCAAGGCCAACGACAUUUGCGACCUCGACGACGAGGCCUACUUCCACCCCUUCUCGUACGCCCACCUCGGCAGCUUGGCGUACGUUGGCAACUCGGCCGUCUUCGACUACUACGGUUACUCGGCCGCCGGCGGCAUUGUGGCCAUGUACGCGUGGCGCAGUGUGUACUGGGGCGAGCAGUCGUCGAUGCGCACGCGCUUCCUUCUCAUGCUCGACUGGAUCAAGCGCGGUAUCUUUGGUCGCGACCUUUCCAGGUUCUAA